AUGUCCCAGCGACUGGUUAUGACGGGAAAUCUCCUUACCUGCAGUUCGUUGCCCUAAUUGAUGUUGACAUGAGCUCCUAUGACUAACCCCUGCAGAAAUGUCCCGCUCCAUCUGAGCUCAAGCAUUCCCAGACCAGAACAGAAGAGUGGCUCUUUUUAUGUGGGUUUGUCCUUUUAAAAAGUCCCCGCUUUAAAAAACGAAAUAUGCCCUAGUUCCAGCAUUUACUCAGGCUCGAAGCUCUUAGGAAAUACAACUCUGAACCAGAAGAGUAACAAUAAGGAAACCGUAUAGUAAAAACAAUAUUGUACUGACGUUUGACGGACAGAAAUAUGGCGGAAUAUACACUGUAGAGAGAAGGAUGUAUGUUUGAGACGUGAAAGGACAACUGCCUUUAGGUGAAGGAGAGGAAAAGUAAACGGUAAAUCUGUUUUUGAACAUGAACGUGAAACUCUUUGGUUGACAUACAAAUAGAAAAAAAAAUGGGUCAGCGUCUCAGUGAAGAAAUGGACACGGACAAGGAAAUCGACGUAGCGGAAUUGCAGGAGUGGUACAAGAAGUUUGUGGUGGAGUGCCCGAGCGGCACGCUCUUUAUGCAUGAAUUCAAGAGCUUCUUCGGCGUGCAGGAGAACCAGGAGGCAGCAAGUUACAUUGAGAACAUGUUUCGCGCCUUCGACAAGAACGGGGACAAUACGAUAGAUUUCCUGGAGUACGUGGCGGCACUGAACCUGGUGCUGAGAGGCAAACUGGAGCACAAGCUGAAAUGGACGUUUAAAAUGUAUGACAAAGACGGCAGCGGUUGCAUCGAUAAAACAGAGCUGUUGGAAAUAGUGGAGGCCAUAUACCGUAUGAAGAAGGCCUGUCACGGAGAGCUGGAUGAGGAGUGCAACCUGAUGACCCCAGAUCAGGUGGUGGACCGGAUAUUUGAACUGGUGGACGAGAACGGAGACGGUGAGCUCUCUUUGGAUGAAUUCAUCGACGGGGCCCGGAGGGAUAAGUGGGUGAUGAAGAUGCUCCAGAUGGAUGUGAAUCCAGGGGACUGGAUAAAUGAACAGCGACGGAAAAGCGCCAACUUCUGAAGAAGAAAGAAAGAUGGAAAGAAAAUCUUUGAAAGGGGGACCAGAUGUGUUCUGCCACUAUGCUGUAGCUUCUUCCACUCUGCUGUUACUACUCAUCUCCCUCUCCCUUCUCCCGCCCGGCUGUACCUCCUCCUCUCCCUUCUUCCUCUCUGCUGUUCCUACUCCUCUCCCUUCUUGACCUGGAAGGCUAUUCCACACUUUGACUACUGUGUAUGCUUACAGCACCUGGUAUUCCCAGGUGGUCUCCCAUCCUGUGUAUGUAUGUGUGUGCAUGCUUGUGUGUGCUCCUGUUUGUGUUUAUAGUGAUUUUUCUGCUAAAUUCCUUUUGCACACUCUUCCCCUCUCAUGCACAUAGAGCUUAUGACAGCAUUCCUCCUUCCUAAUAUGUCCUGUUGGUCAGCAUUUUCCAAACUAUUCAUUGUUAGAAGGGUGGAAGGAGGUUAUGAUAUAUGAGAAAAGCUAUUUUACACCAAUCAAAACAAAGACUGCCUUGUACAAACAAAUAUACACACAACAUUCCAUAUUAGAACAUUUAGUAUUAAAAUAGAACAGAUUACAAAGAUUCAUUUGUGUACACAUAAAUGAACAGAAUCAUUAGCAUUCAUAAUUACACUGGCAAAGGCUUCCACCGUGGAGUUUUACAAAUGUGCACGUGAGUGAAAUUAGUUUAAAAUAACUUUUAUUUAGAAAUGAAAGUAAAUUUGUCUUUUUGUUGAUGAGUAGAUUUAAUUGUGAAAUUUUAGACCUACUAGUAAUUUGGUGCAUUUUAUUGUUCCUUUAGACAUGUUUGGCUUAAUAAGAGGUGGGUCAUGUGGGUUGUGCCCUGUGGAAGCUUCAGAACCUCCAGUGUAAAUAUUAGGUUGUCCACUUCUAUUCUACACUGGGAUGUACUUGCUUUUACACCGCAGACCCUAAAAUUGUUAGUUUAGUCAGAGCAGGGACAACAGCCCC